AUGGAUAACUACGAAGAGUUACCAAGGAAACACAUUAAUUAUGUUGUUAAUGGCAAAGUAAUGCUCUGCGCAGGAAUCUUUCUCUUCAUGGCAUUACUUAUUAUACUCUGCUUCCACAAGUACGCUCCUAUACUCUUCCGCAACAGCCGUCGUGCUCAGCACUUGCCCUCCAUUGCCACUGCCACUCCUCCAACAACCGUUGCUUCCAAAGGUUUGGAUCUUUCUGUCAUUAAAACAAUCCCUACUUUUUUUUACUCCACCAAAGCCAGCCAUUUACCUCCACUCGAAUGCGCCGUUUGCUUGUCUGAGUUCGAGAACGACGAGAAAGCCCGCGUUUUGCCCAUGUGUAAUCACACCUUCCACGUUGACUGCAUCGACAUGUGGUUUUAUAGUCACUCUAACUGUCCACUGUGUAGAGCUCCUGUACGAGCUGAUAUUCCGGUCAACCCACCUACAAUAUUAGAGCAGACCGUUGUUGCAGUGGCUGAAUCAGUCGGUUCAGAGACUUCUAUUGAAACGAACAGCUCUCCCGUUUCUUCUUCUUCUUCGUCAUUACCGUCGCCAUUAAUGCUGGAGAGUUGCCCCAUGAAAGCACUAGAGUUACUGGAAGUGGGAAUUCUUGUGGAGGUCCCCACGGGAGAACACAGAUAAACGGGUGUUGUGGAUGUGGGUUCGGGUUCGGGUUCGGGUAAGCGGAUUAUGAGUGUGAAGAGGAUUUGAAGCGUAUAAUAGUAGCAGUAAAAUCUAGAAUGUAUUUGCUCUGGGAAGAGAGGAAAAGAAAGAAACCAUAAUUUCCGUUUGCCAAGGCAGAGUUCUUGAAAGACACCGGAUUUUGAUUUUGAAAACGUGGCAAUCAUUCAUUACAUAGCUCGAGCAAACUCUUGCUCUGAAUCUGUAACACU